UGGAGAUUCAGCGGCGUACAGCAUGUAGGCAAAGCCUUGAUGUAUCGGACCCUUGAAAUUAUUAAAGUUUAAAGAUGCCCGCAGGUGUGUCUUGGCCGAGGUACCUACGGAUGCUUGGGGCAAGUAUAUUGUCCAUGUUUGCUGGAGCACAGGUUGUUCAUCAGUACUACAGGCCUGAUCUGACUAUCCCAGAAGUACCACCAAAGCCUGGAGAGCUGAGGACAGAACUCCUGGGACUGAAAGCUAAAGAGUCUGUUUCAGAAACAUAGAGACACUUUGAAGAAGCCAGUGACUGCUUGUAUAUAUAUGUACAGUUAAACAGUGCUUCUGUAACAUGUUUGUAAUUUCACAGCUGAAAGGCAUAUAAAUAUUAACUGUUUCUUUGUCAAGUAAUUACCAUGUUUAUUACUGUCAAUUAAAGUUAUUAC